CCAAUUGUAAACAUAAGGGAUAUGUAUUCACUUAGCAUUGACUUUUGGGAGGGGCCAAGGAAAAGCUGUAGUUUUAUUGAAUAGGGCUGUGUGUGAGGCUGCUGGUGUGCCUUUCUUGCUGUGCUCCUGCCCAAGCAGCCAGUUAUUCAUUUCCUUCCUACUAGUUGAAAACUUUUCAGCCACAGAGUGCUUGUGAUAACUGGUUGCUCAAAGAAUCCCUUGGGAGCUGAAGAGGCACCAUCUUCCAGGCUCAGGGGCAUCAUAACUGUGAUCACCUCUAUUUUCUGGAGUCAUCAUUUUGAAUUCAUCAGCAGCUGGUUUGUUACUGAAAAGCUCAGAAUAUUUCCUCUGAUUGCCUUCCUAUUUGGAUCUUUCCAGAGCUCUGAACACUUGAACACCCACCAUGGAUGACUUUGAACGCCGCAGAGAACUCAGGAGGCAAAAGCGUGAGGAAAUGCGCCUUGAAGCAGAGAGGCUGUCCUACCAGAGAAACGAUGAUGAUGAGGAAGAAGCUGCCAGAGAACGUCGCCGACGGGCUCGUCAGGAGAGGCUGCGGCAAAAAGAAGAAGGAGAUCUAUCGGGAGAAGUAACAGAGAAAUCAGAAGUUAAUGCCCAAAACAGUGUGGCAGAAGAGGAAACCAAGCGUACUACAACCACAGGGGGAACAGAUGACGAAGCUGCAUUGUUGGAGAGACUGGCAAGACGGGAGGAGAGACGCCAAAAACGUCUACAGGAAGCCCUGGAACGUCAAAAGGAAUUUGACCCCACGAUCACAGAUGGGAGCUUGUCACUGCCCAGCAGGAGAGAAGUAAACAAUCUGGAAGAAAACGAGACCAUGGGGAAAGAGGAAAAGGCUGAAACACGCCAAGGAUGUUAUGAGAUUGAGGAAACGGAAAUGCUUACCAAAUCAUACCAAAGGAACAACUGGAGGCAAGAUGGGGAAGAAGAGGAAAAAAAAGAAGAAAAAGACAAGGAGGAGGUACAGGAGGAGAAACCAAAGGAGGUCCUCUUAGAGGAAAAUCAGGUAGAUUUGACAGCAGAAAAAUCCACAGAUAAAGAAGAGGUAGUAGAAACAAAAAAUCUAGCUAUAAAUGCAGAGGAACACAAAGCAGAGAAUGAUACAAAUGCCAUGCCAGAAGGGGAGCAGAGUAUAACUGAUGUUGUAGAUAAAGAGAAGCUUAGGGAUGAGGAAAAGGCUGAAGAAGAAAGGAAGAAAGCAGAAGAAAGGGAGAAACUUGAGGCAGAAGAAAGGGAGAGGUUAAAAGCGGAGGAAGAAAAGGCAGCUGAGGAAAAACAGAAAGCAGAGGAGGAAAAGAGGGCAGCUGAGGAAAGAGAGAGGGCUGAGGCAGAAGAGGAGAAGAGGGCAGCUGAGGAACGAGAGAGGGCUAAGGCAGAAGAGGAGAAGAGGGCAGCUGAGGAAAGAGCGAGGGCUAAGGCAGAAGAGGAGAAGGCAGCAGCUGAGGAAAGAGCGAGGGCUAAGGCAGAAGAGGAAAAGAGGGCAGCUGAAGAAAAGGCUAAGCUAGAAGCAGAGAAAUUAAAGGAAAAACAAAAGAUGGAAGAAAAGAAAAUAGAAGAUAAACAGGUAAAAGAGAAGAAAGUACAAGAGGAAAAACCUCAAGCAGCUUUCCUAAGAAAACAGGGGGAAGAAAAAGAGGUUAAAGUGGAAGCUAAAAAGGAAAAGUUACCAGAGGAGAAGCUCCGACCUACCUCCAAAAAAGAUCAGGUAAAAGAUGACAAGGAUAAAGGAAAAGCACCCAAAGAGGAAAUGAAAAGUAUCUGGGAUCGCAAGAAGGGAGUUCCUGAACAAAAGGCACAGAAUGGAGAACGUGAAGUCACUGCCCCAAAACUUAAAUCUACUGAGAAUGCUUUUGGCCGCUCCAAUUUGAAAGGGAUCGCAAAUGCUGAGGAAGCGAAGCCAGGGUCUCAAGUCGAGGCUGGAAAGCGGCUAGAAGAUCAGCGCCGUCGCCGAGGUGAGAAUGAGGAGUUUGAGAAGCUGAAGGAGAAGCAGCAGGAGGCGGCAGCAGAGCUGGACGAACUGAAGAAAAGGCGGGAGGAGCGCCGGAAAAUCCUGGAAGAAGAGGAGCAGAAGAAGAAGCAGGAGGAGGCUGAGAGAAAAGCCAGAGAGGAGGAGGAAAAGAGGAGGAUGAAGGAAGAAAUUGAAAGGAGAAGGGCUGAAGCUGCUGAGAAACGUCAAAAGAUGCCAGAAGAUGGUGUAUCUGAAGACAAGAAGCCAUUUAAAUGUUUCAGUCCUAAAGGUUCAUCUCUCAAGAUAGAGGAGCGAGCAGAAUUUUUGAACAAAUCCGCUCAGAAGAGUGGUAUGAAACCCACCCACACGACAGCAGUUGUCUCAAAGAUUGACAGUAGACUUGAGCAAUACACUAGUGCAAUUGAGGGCACAAAGGCUGCAAGACCAGCUAAGCCAGCAGCCUCCGACCUUCCUGUUCCAGCUGAGGGUGUCCGUAAUAUCAAGAGCAUGUGGGAGAAAGGGAAUGUUUUUUCAUCACCCUCUGGGACAGGAACACCAAAUAAGGAAACUGCUGGACUGAAGGUUGGUGUCUCCAGUCGUAUCAACGAGUGGUUAACCAAGACCCCAGAGAGCAACAAAUCACCUGCUCCAAAACCUUCUGAUUUAAAACCAGGAGACGUAUCCGGCAAACGUAAUCUCUGGGAGAAGCAGUCAGUUGAAAAGCCAUCUUCUUCUUCUUCUAAGGUAUCAGCUAUGGGGAAAAAGUCAGAGACUAAUGCAGGUUUGAGACAAUUUGAGAAAGAACCAUAGAAGGCCGCUAAAGACGCUGGACCAAUCUGUUGCGGGAAAAAAAAAAAAAAGGAAAAAGUGCUAAAUUGUUCUUUUUAUAUUUAUGUUUAUUUACCAAAAUGUCUUUUUGCAUUAUCCCAGUUAAAACCAUGUAUAUUAGCACUGUAUUUAAUAAUCAGUCUAGACAUUCAUCAUAAUAGUACUGCCUUUGCACAAGAGCCUUUAUUCCUAAAGAAACCCAUGCUGUGAAAUAUAUAGACUCUCCUACUGAUAGUCAUAACUAUGAAUCUGAACAGUGAUUUCAGCUGGCGUAAGAGGUCAACCCAAAAUGCGUGUAAAGUGAAGUUGCUUAAGAAAGGUGUGCAGUAAACCUAUAAAAACAAUGGUUACUUUUGUAAUACAGAAGUCUUUCUUUCUGCACUUUAGACUAAGGCAUGGAAGAAAUAUCUUUAGUUGACAAUGUAAUAUUUUCUGUAAGUUGCCCAUGUCAUGAGAAAUACUGCAUCAAUAACGUGUUUUAAUUUUUUUGUUUUAUACUUUUUUAAGUAUCAAUUUUUCCAUUCUAGUUUAAGUUAAUACCUAAAUUUGGAUGAUUAUGUUAGCUGACAGCGGUACUGAUAUUUCUUUUUGUUGUUAGUGACUAGUAAUUGAAUGCAAUUUAGAAUAUAUACACACAUAGCUUUAAAAAGUUUAGCCUAAAGGCACUAUUAAUGGUAGAAUGCUUUAAUACGUGCUAGAGUAUUAUAUUUAGUAAUAAACAUACAUAAUUAGCCAAUAUCACAGCUUAAAAAAAUAAAGACAAAAUCACACACUUUUCUAUAGUAAGAUUUCAUAAUUGCCAUUAGAGGUAUGGUGAGAUAAGUAUUAAAAAAUUUUAAAUGUCAGUUGCCCAGUAAUGGGUAAUUAAAAAGAAAGUAUAGUUUUUAAAAGAGGAAAAGGUAAGGGUAUAGAUGGUCAAAAAUAGGUCACUUGUAUAAAACAUUGUAGUUUAAUUUAUAUAAAACUACCAUAAUUAAAAAGAAAAAAAAAAACUAAACACAGUUGGAGCUUGUUUCAAAUGACUGUACACUAAAUCUUGCCAUCCAUCAGUGCCGUACACUAAGUCCACCUAAAAUGAAGUAAACCUCUGUCUUUAUAGUGCUUCUUUUUAACUCUCUCUCCUGAAUAUCUUAUUUGCAGAUGUUUUCAUUUGUAUAUAGUAAACACAUGGCUAUAAGACGUCAGCUUGGUUUGAAUUUACAUGCCAUACAGUUUAGCGUUUACAUCCUACAGUGUAUGGGUGGCAUAAACUGAGCAACUGAAGUACCCCCUAAGCACGUUGUUAACAGCUUUGUUGCGCAUCAGAACUACCAGGAUCUCCCUUUUCACCACUUCUAUCUCUUACAACAUCUGACUUCUUCCUAAAGAAGAAAAAUGUUAUAUUGCAACCCAAAGAUGAGCUCCCCUGCUUGGCUGAAACAUCUUGUUUACAUAUAGAGAUGCACGUAGUUAUCUGUAGGGGGUGAAACUGUGCCUGACAUUGUCUGUGAGUUGUCAUGUUUUUUCUUUGGGGGUUUUUGUAAACACUCCUCUGAGUCUUCCAAAUACAUCCGAUAGCUGCAAUAAAAAUGAUUUGUUCAAACAAUGUAUUCUGAAACUGCAUCCACAAUAAAUGGAAUAUUUCCAUCAGCA